AUGAGACAGCGCCGCCCCGGGCACGAGCCCCUCCCAGCCCGGGCCGCGAAGAGAGCCUGCGGGGCUGUCUCUGGGGGCCCUGGGAAACCGGGGCUGCAAACGGAACCAGAGGAUAGGGUUGGGGAGGAGGGGUCCGUGCCCCGCUCAGCCCCCGGCGGCUGCGGAGAGGGACCGGCCUGGCCCCGGAGGGUCUGCAGAAGAGACCUGGAGGCCGGCAGAGGGAUCUCGCGCCCUGCCCAGCCCCGGCCCGGGAGGGUUCUGCUGGGCUGUCCCGGAGGCAGCUGUAAAGGGGAUAAGGAGUCCCGGGAGUGGGAGGAAGGCACCAGCCGGGCGGCGGCUCCACAAAGGACGCGGGCCCGGGGCGCGGGAGAGGCGCGCGGGGAGGGGGCUGCAGCGCCGCGGCGCGCACACAAAGGCGGCAGGCGGCGGUGGGGGGGCUCGGCACUCACAGGGCGAGCGGACGCCGUCCAUGCUCGCGGCCCGGCGGCCGGGGCGGGCGGGCGAGGCAGGCACUAUCACGCUUCGAGGACGGGGUCCGAGUUCCGGGCGAGAUCCGCGCUGUGGUGGGGGCCGCGGCGACGCUCCGGCUCCUGCGCUCUGCUCUCUCGGGCCGGGCCACUGCGGGGCCGCGCUCCCGCGUGCUCCGGCCGGCUUCGCGCGGCUCCGCUCCCGCACCAGCUCCGACCCGGCGCGCGGGGAGGGCGGGACUCCGCUCGCCCCGCCCCGGACCAGCGCAGGGGGCUGGGCCUGGCACGCCCACCUGGCUGCGGAGUGGCGGGCGGGCGCGCGCGGCCACCUGCGGGCUGGCUACCUGGGCUCCCACCUGCGGCUCUUUGCUCGAGGCAGCGCUCCUGCCCUUUGAAGCUCUUUGGAACGCUCCGCAGAGCUGUCGAUUGCAGAGGACCCCGUUUGUUCCUGAAAGGAGGCAGCAGGCUCAACGCCUCAGCACGCCGCAGCCCGGCGCGCCAGACCUCAAAGCCCUGUGCCGGGACAGAAGGCAGACUAGGAAGAAAAGGACUAGGGGUAUCGCCAUCCUCGGGAGCCCGGCUUGGGGCUAAGCCUGGUGGGGUUCAGCGUGUCCUUUCCUGCCCUCACUUCACCACCAGGAACCAUGAGGACCUCAUCAUCACCCAGGGAGUCACUGAUGAUCAUUGUGCCCAUUUUACAGUAGAGCAAACUGAGGCCCCAAAGGCGGAAGUUACAUGCUCUAAAUCCCAGAACUUCCAAGACAGAGGCUGAGCUGGAAUGCCUUGGAUGGGAUAUGGAGAGGCUUUCAGAAACCCCUUGACCCAGUGUUCUUCCUUCCCACCUCUUCCAGAUGCCACCUCUCCUGAGAAGUCUUCCAUGAUCUCUCUCUCCUCCCUUCUCUAGACUCCCAUGGACAAGCUCUCUCUUGGGCGUCUCUGGCCCUACUGCUGCAGGUGGGCUGUGUCAGUAACUGUUAUGCUAAGUUCUGAGACUUGCUCCAGGCAAUGCCCUGAGCUAACACUCACCCUCACCCUAGCCUCCAUCACCCUAGGUGGGGAAACUGAGGCACAAGGGAGAGACCAGGGUAUUCUCAUCUCAGUCCCCCCAUCAGAUACACACACACUUCCAGAGAUGAAAAGAUGCUCCUGGGCUGUUGGCCCUGGAGCCCCUGGCACAAAGUAAGUCAUGUGACAUAAAAGCCAACAGAGGCAAUACUUCACCUUCACAAUGCUGAGAAGAAUAUGCCAAGCCGACUGUUACCCAGAGAAGCAGGACUUCCUGGGGCCCUGCUGGGCACUGACACUGGCUGAAACUAACUUGUGAGGAGCAAUAGUGCACACCUCUUCCCAGCAAUGCCACCCUAGGGCCUGAAAUCAGCAAUGUUGGGAGUAUUUACAGUAUGGAAAUUGGAAACACCUCAAAUCAGGACUUUUUGCCCCAGAGAGCCAGUAGUUAAACAGUGUGCUAGGCUUGGGACUACGCAUUUGGCACUUGCCUAUAAUUUAUAUAAUCUAAUCCUCACAUCUACCUUGUGAGACAGCCAUUCAGUCCGGGGCUCAAGUCCACUGGCAUGAGCCCUGAGCUCACAUGAGGAAGAGGCCAAACAGCAGACGCCAGCUUUGCAGGACUGAGAGGCCCCGACAGGGGUCUAAGUUGCAUCUCCUGGGGCAGGAGUCUUCCAGGUAGAGGUUGGGAGUGGAGAAAGAUCUUUUCUGUCUUCCUUGGAGGCUAAAGACCCUCAGCCUUGCUCCUAACCAGCUGAGUGACCUUGGGCAAGCCCUGGCCCUCCCUGAGCCUCAGUAUCCUGCUCUGCAGAGCAGGCUGAUCAUCCUGGCUUGCCCACCUUAAAAGGCUAACUAUUCCCUGGAGAUUCAGUCAAUCUCGGAAGGGCACCAAGUCCACAGACCUGUUCAUUAUGGGUGCGUUCAAGCCAAUCCAAGGGAAAACCAGGAUGGAACGGAGCUAAGCACCUUCUGAGACCAGCACACACCUAUCUGGCCUCCUCCUGCUCCCAACAGGCCAGACUGGCAGUGUGUGGGCAAAAUGCCUGUUGGCAUAGGAGAAGGUUCAUCAGCACCCAUGGCUGCUGCCCAUCCACACUUGUAGAUAUGCGUGGGAAAAGAUGGCUAUACCCACAAAUCAGCAGGGAGCUGCCCAGGCUGUGGGGAGUGGUGGACAGCCUGCCCCUGAGAGAAUACUGUGUACUCUCUGAGCCCUUAGGGGUGCUUUCACACAGCUGUGCUUACAAGGCCUCUCCAUGGUGGAGAGCUCAUUCUCUCUGCCAACCCAUGACCAUUAGAGUGCACAGCUAAGUCAGUAGUGGACAGGUCACAAUUUCCUCUGCAAGGAAUCUCAGGCUGGGCUCAGGAGCAAGCUCCUGACAUCCUAGCAGAUGGGGCUUGAGGGAUCCUUGGACAGACCUUGGAAAUGAGGACUUUAUGGCACUGGCUGUGUGCCCUUCGGCAGUUCACUGGAUAUCUCUGUGCUUACAUCUCCCUGCUGCUAAGACAGGGCGUGUAAGUACAGUGGUCUGCUUUGCUGGGUGUCCUGAGGCUAUAUGACCCAGGGUCAUGAUGUCAGCAUUUGUCUUUUUGGGGUCUUUUCUUUUCUUUUCGGAUGGAGUUUGGCUUUGUUGCCCAGGCUGGAGUGCAGUGGUGGGAUCUCAGCUUAGCUGACUGCAACCUCCGCCUCGUGGGUUCAAGCAAUUCUUUUGCCUCAACCUCCUGAGUAGCUGGGAUUACAGGUGCCCACCACCAGGCCCAGCUAACUUUGUAUUUUUAGUAGAGACAAGGUUUCACCAUGUUGGCCAGGCUGGUCUUGGACUCCUGACCUCAAGUGAUCUGCCCACCUCGGCCUCCCAAAGUGCUGGGAUUUGUUUUCGAUUUUUAGAACAGAUGAGUACAUUGAGGCCUCAGCCAGCGACUUUUCAAUUUUAAGUAACUUUCUGAAGGCCUCAGAGUGGAGAGAGUAACCUCUACCCACAGCUAUCACCUCAGCUUCUGCAGUGCCAGGGAGCCCUUUGGUGAGACGAGUUUCUCUCAAGUCCAGGUUAUGCUCCAGGCUAAUCCAGCCAGUGGGCACGUGUAGGCACACACCUGCUCCAUGGAGAUGCAGUUCCAGGAGCUGGGCCCCAGCAAGCAACAGGACCAUGGUGUCAGUUUGCUCAUCUGUGAGAUGGGCAUAAUGGUCAUGCCCAACAGUCUUGGUACACAGGAGGCAUUUAACAAAUGCACAGGGAGGAAGGGAGUCAGGGCCAGCCCCACUCCCUCUGCUCACCUCGGGGCCCAUCGAGGGUCACUGGGUGAAAGGAAUAGCAGGGUCUGGCUGUGCCCAGUGGAAGCUCCUCCACAUGUGCUCCUUGGGGCAGACCUGCCUCUCAGUGGGGUCAGGCAAUCUAUCUAGUGCUCAGGCCCCGUGUAGUCAGGACACUUGCCCGAGUGCCCCCUGGGUCACACCAUGGGAGGGUACCUGGUGGGAGCAUUAGAUGCGGAGGACAGUGCUGGAAGAACAGAGCCCAGGGAACCCUGCAGCCAGGCUUAGUGGCUCAUGCCUGUAAUCCCAGCACUUUCGGAAGCAAAGAUGGGCAGAUCAGCCAAGAUGGUGAAACCCCGUCUCUACUAAAAAUACAAAAAUUAGCCAGGUGUGGUGGAGCACACCUGUAAUCCCAGCUACUCAGGAGACUGAUGCAGAAGAAUCACUUGAACACAAGAGGUGGAGGUCGCAGUGAGCUGAGAUGGCGCCAUUGCAUUCCAGCCUGAGCAGCAGAGCAAGACUCUGUCUCAAACAAAUAAAAAAGAAUCCGGUUCCUCUGUUCUUCAAGAUGCAGGGCCCAGCAAGGGGUUCAAGGUUGACAGGUCCACAGAGGGAGGGGCUCCAUGCCCCAAGGACAAAAUAAGCAACGCAGUCCUGCAGCCCCUGGCGAGCGGCCACCUGAGGCGCCAGGGCCCACCCGCAGCCUGUCUGAUGGUGCAGGACUGGGUGGCGCCAGUCCCUCAGAGACAGGGGACAGAGCCCUGAGACAAGCUAAGGGGUCUAGCUGGCCAAUGACUGACAUACCAUGAUUGCCGAGUUGACACUGGCCCGUUCGUGGUGGAAAACCAACAGCGUUCUCCGGCGUGACAUAUUCCCAGGGGCCACGACAAAUCAUCGGGCAUGACUGGCAAGAAUUGGAAAUAAGGCUGUGUUAGCAGGGAGUUGAGGCUGACAUUUUCAAUGAAAUACCCAAGGUUGGAUUCGUUGGGGACCAGAACCGGCCAGGGUGACACUUGCUUUCAGCUUACGUCCAGAGCAGAGCGUGUCACAUGAAGGGCAAGCCAGGGAAGUGUCAGGAUUUUGCUUCUUCAGGGUGUGACCUUCCCAGGGGCAAUCUGGCCACAUCUCCUUGAUUGACCCCAAGCCUGGGCUGCCACAUGUUCCCUGUUGGCCUACAGGGGAGAGUGACAUCUGGGCCUAGAGAGAUGGGGGAGAAUGUGGGGCCAUCAGCGAAGGUCAGAGGGAGCUCUGGAAUGGGUGUGCUGUGGGAGAGGAUGGUGAACUUAGCUUGGCCUGCUUCCCUGCUGCUGCUAGGGACAUCUGGUCACCAGAGCCAGAGACGGGUCUGGAGGGUAGAGGGAGGGGGUGCCAUGUUCUAGAAUAUAGUCCUUAUUUCUCUGUUUUUAAUAAUUUAAAAAAAUUAUGUAACAUUUUCUUUACUCGCAAAUUUCAGAACACAUUGAUUUUUAAGUAACAGCUUUGUUUAGAUAUAAUUCAUGUAACAUAAAGCUCACUCUCGUAAAGUGUGUGAUUCGGAGGUUUUUAGUACAUUCAGUGUUGUGCAACCAACCAUCACCUCUAUCUAAUUCCAGAACAUUUUCAUCACAUAGGAAAGAAUCCCUGUUCCUGCUAGCAAACUCUCCCCAUUCCCUCCUCCCCUCAGCCCCUAGCACCCACUGGUCCACUUUCUGUCUCUGUGGAUUUGCCUAUUCUGGACAUUUCACAUAAAUGAAAUCAUACACCUUUUGUGCAUUCUUUCACUGAGCAUCAUGUUUUCAAGGUUCAUCCAUAUUCUAUAGCAUGUAUCAGAAUUUCAUUUCUUUCUUAGGUCCAAGUAAUAUUCCGUUGUCUGAAUAUAUGAAUUUUUUUUUUGAGACUGAGUUUCGCUCUUGUUGCCCAGGCUGGAGUGCAAUGGCACGAUCUCAGCUCGCCUCAACCUCCGGGUUCAAGCAAUUCUCCUGCCUUGAACCUCCACCUCCUGGGUUCAAGCAAUUCUCCUGCCUCAGCCUCCCGAGUAGCUGAGAUUACAGGCCUGCGCCACCAUGCCUGGCUAAUUUUGUGUUUUUGGUGGAGACAGUCUCUAUGUUGGUCAGGCUGGUCUUGAACUCCCAACCUCAGAUGAUCCGCCCGCAUUGAUUACAGGCCUGCACCACCAUGCCUGCCUAAUUUUGUGUUUUUGGUGGAGAUGGGAUUUCUCCAUGUUGGUCAGGCUGGUGUCAAACUCCCAACCUCAGGUGAUCCACCCACCUUGGCCUCCCCCAAAUUGCUGAGAUUAUAGGCGUGAGCCACCAUGCCCAGUCAUAUUUAUUUAUUUAUUUAUUUAUUUAUUUAUUUAUUUAUUUUGAGACAGAGUCUUGAUCUGGUCACCCAGUCUGGAGUGCAAUGGUGUGAUCUCGACUCACUGCAACCUCUGCCUCCCGGGUUCAAGUGAUUCUCCUGCCCAGCCUCUGGAGUAGCUGGGAUUACAGGUGCCCACCACAAAACCCAGCUAAUUUUUUGUAUUUUUAGUAAGAGGGGAUUUCACCGCAGUGAGCCGCGAUCGCGCCACUGCACACCAGGCUGGGCAACAGAGUGAGACUCCAUCUCAAAAUAAAUAAAUAAAUAAAUUCAUAAGACAAGGUGCAGUGGCUCAUGCCUAUAAUCCCAGCACUUUGGGAGGCUGAGGCAAGCGAAUCACCUGAGGUCAGGAGUCUGAAACCAGCCUGGCCAACAAGAUGAAACCCUGUCUCCACUUAAAAUACGAAAAAAAAAAAAAAUGCCAAGCAUGGUGGUACACAUCUGUAAUCCCAGCUACUCAGGAGGUUGAGGAAGGAGAAUCGCUUGAACUCAGGAAGCAGAGAUUACAAUGAGCCAGCAUCGCCCCAUGGCACUCUAGCCUAGAUGACAGAGUGAAACUCUGUCUCAAAAAUAAAAAAUUACAAACAGGCCAGGCAUGGUAGCUCACGCCUGUAAUCCCAGCACUUUGGGAAGCCAAGGCAGGAGAUUACCUGAGGUCAGAAAUUUGAGACCAAUGUGGCCAACAUGAAAAAACCCGAUCACUACUAAAAUACAAAAAGUUAGUCAGUAGUAAUGGCAGGUGCCUGUAAUCCCAGCUAUUCGGGAGUCCAAGGCAAAAGAAUUGCUUGAAACUGGGAGGCAGAGGUUGCAGUGAGCUGAGAUCGCACCACUGCACUCCAGCCUGGGCAACAAGAGUGAAACUCCAUCUCAAAAAAAAAAAAAAAGUGUUUUAAGUCGUGCCCAGUGUCACUACCUCAGCACAAUCCCUGCUGCAGACCCUGCAGCAGGCACACAUCUAUCUGUUUGCAGCUGUCUACACGAGAGUGCAGAUCAAAUAAGUGAACGUGAUUGAACAUUUUUCUUCUAACUACAAAGGGAUUAUUUAAUUUUGCUUGAUUAGACUCAUACCAGAUACAAGGUCAUAUUUCCUGUUUUUAGCCCUUCAAAUGUCCUGGGAUGGCAAGUAUUUGAGAUCCCCACCCGGACUCCUGCUAAAGGGGGGCCAGCCCCAGGCGUGGACAUCGUUGCCCCUCAGCCUCCACUGACCAGAUCACUGCCAAACUGCACCAGGUAGUUCCUUGCCCCAGGAACUGGAACGAGGAAUCUUGAGAAGCUGGAGACUCAGUCCAAAUUGCUUGUGCCUGUCCCUGGAAGUGCCUGGCUCAUUCAAACUGAAGGUGUGCCUAGAUGGACGUGAGGCCGUUAUCAAACACCUGUUAGCCUACUGUGCACAUGGCCCAGUGCUCACCUGGGAAAAUUACUGCAGCGCAUGACAGACUGCGUGGGAGGCAUCAUCCACGUGGGACAGCAGGGAAGCUGCCCAUAUGAGGGGCACAGAGCCCAGGUUUAGGAGACGAAGAAGAUGAUAAGACAAUGUCAUUUCCUAGAGGAUCCAAGCGGGAGGGCUCCUAAGAAUGCCACACAAUCCAGGAGCUGGAUCUACAGCUUAUACAGUUGAUCCCUGGAUCCAGGGGAGUCAUGCUUUAUAGUCUCUGCAAACACUGAACUAGCGAAUCCCAAACCAUGUGUCCCAGGGAAACACAACACACUUUCCAAUCAGCUCCAUGUACCGAUUGGCAAAUUUUCUCUCCUCUUUCUGGAUGGACAGUGGAUUCAUUAACACAGAACCUCUGUCAACAGCACUGUAACUGACAGCACCAUAACUCACACAUGAAGAAAGCUUGUCUAACACAUAUUUUCUCCCCCAGGCACAUCACAGCUUCUCUAUGCUUAACAGCACAGGGCAGCUCUUCAGCGCAAUGCCUGCAGCCGUUCGAAACAGCAACAUCACCAACAAAGCCCCCAGAAAGUGCAGCACUAAAUAGGACGCAGAAGACCGACAACCCAUGAGAGAAAGGGACAAACAUAAGUAGAGAACUAACAGAAAAGUAAUACAAAUGGGACGGGUGUGGUGGCUCACACCUGUAAUCCCAGCAGUUUGGGAGACCGAGGUGGGUGGAUUGCCUGCGCUCAGGAGUUGAAGACCAGCCUGGGCAACAAGAUGAAACCCCAUUUCUACUAAAACACACACACACACACACACACACACACACACACACACACAGAGUCGGGUGUGGUGGCAUGUGCCUGGAACCCCAGCUACUCGGGAGGCUGAGGCAGGAGAAUUGCUUGAACUCAGUGCAUUCAGAUCACCCCACACCACUUCAGCCUGGACAACAGAGUGAGACACUGUCUCAAAAAGAAAAAAGCCUCCUAGAUAUAAAAAAGUACAACUUUGCUCAUGAAAAGAAAAUUGCCAAUUGAAACCACAGUGAGAGCCCUCAUGACUCCAGGUUCUACCUAUUGGGCUAGCAUGAACAAGGAAGCGUGAAAGUGCACUGAAAGGGUUGGCCGUGGGGACAGACCCUCCCAUGCUUUGCUGGGGGCAGCCAUCCACUGUUUGCACCAAGGAAAGACACAAAUGCCUGGGGUCUCUGAGGCGGGGUCCUUCCCCAGGAGCUUGCUCUGGAGUGUGCACCUGAGCAUUCCCAUGUACAGGCUCAAGAACAGACUAUUUCACUUUGA